CAGGGCCUGCGCCCUGUGGAGGCACAGGGCGUGUACCCAGUCAGAAGUCAUGUUCGGCAGGUCCGGCUACCGGGCGCUGCCCUUAGGGGAUUUUGAUCGUUUCCAGCAGUCGAGUUUCGGCUUUCUGAGUUCACAGAAGGGGUGCUUGUCCCCAGAGCCGGGCGGCGUGGGGCCGGGGGCCGAUGCACCUGAGAGCUGGCCCUCCUGUCUCUGCCACGGCCUCAUCAGUUUCCUGGGGUUCUUGCUGCUGCUGCUCACCUUCCCCAUUUCUGGCUGGUUUGCUCUGAAGAUCGUACCCACCUAUGAGAGGAUGAUCGUGUUUCGACUGGGCCGGAUCCGAACCCCCCAGGGCCCUGGCAUGGUUCUUCUCCUGCCCUUCAUUGACUCCUUCCAGAGGGUGGAUCUGAGGACCCGAGCCUUCAGUGUUCCUCCUUGCAAGUUGGCCUCUAAGGAUGGGGCUGUGUUAUCUGUGGGAGCUGAUGUCCAGUUUCGCAUCUGGGACCCAGUCCUCUCUGUGAUGGCUGUGAAGGACUUAAACACAGCUACUCGAAUGACCGCCCACAACGCCAUGACCAAGGCCCUACUCAGGAGACCGCUGCAGGAGAUCCAGAUGGAGAGGCUCAAGAUCGGCGACCAACUCCUGCUGGAGAUCAAUGAUGUGACCAGAGCUUGGGGCCUGGAGGUAGACCGUGUAGAGCUGGCAGUGGAGGCUGUGCUGCAGCCACCCCAAGACAGCCCGGCUGUGCCCAACCUGGACAGCACCCUCCAGCAGCUGGCCUUCCACUUGCUGGGGGGAAGCAUGAGCUCAGUGGUAGGAGGUGCUCCACCCCCAGGACCAGGAGACACCUUGGAAAUGAUAAGUGAGGUGGAGGCGCCUGCCUCUCACGCUGGGGCUGGGGAUGAGCCCAGCUCAAAGCAGCCCGUGGCUGAGGGGCUUCUCGCCGCCCUGCAACCCUUCCUGUCAGAGGCACUGGUUAGCCAGGUUGGGGCCUGCUAUCAGUUCAACGUCAUCUUGCCUAGCGGCACCCAGAGCAUCUACUUCCUGGACCUCACUGCAGGACAAGGCAGUGUGGGACAUGGAGCACCUGCUGGCAUCCCUGAUGUGGUGGUGGAGAUGGCUGAGGCAGACCUGCAGGCCUUGCUGUGCAGGGAACUGCGGCCCCUGGGGGCCUACAUGAGUGGGCGGCUGAAGGUGAAGGGUGACCUAGCUGUGGUCAUGAAGCUGGAGGCUGUCCUUAGGGCCUUGAAGUAGCAGUGUUGGUUGUCCACCCGUGACCUAACCGUGAACCUGGUGCCAAGCCAGAGAAGCUUCUUGGGAUAGGAGGCAUUGGUCUGGGCUGCAGAAAAUGGAAGCCUGAAGGUGUUUCCGGCCCAACCAGAAGCCCAGAAGGCUGGGAGACAACUGUUGCUGGUCAGUGCUGAGUCAGGUGUCCUGCACUUGAACCUGUGGUGGUUCUCUGGACAGGCCUGUGCUCCCUCGAUCCCCAACAAAGUGCCUAGUCCUGAACUUGCUACGGAGUGAAUACAGACAGAGCCCGGCCUGCCCUGCCUGCCUGAUAACUUGACUGGACAGACAAGAGGCACAGAAGCAGCCUGUAUGUCACCCAUGGGAAGGACCAGAGCACAUGGGUCAUGGCUCUGACAUCCAGGGAGAUCAGAGAGUAGGGAAAAGCGGGGAGGGCAGCCCCCCCCCCCCAAGAAGGGGUUGCUGCAGUGGAGCCUGGCUGCCCCGCUUUUCUAUUGACAAGCCAGAACAGGCUAGGAGGGGAGGGCAUGGACAGAGGAGAGUUGUUUUUUCAGGGGCCUGCUCCCGAGGACACCUGUCUUGUCCAGCAGCUCCAUCGUGCAUGCUUGAGGAGCUGGCUCAGGGCAGCAUGUGGGAGAGCCCUGCUAUUCUGUGCUUAUUAGAGGCUUGAAAGCUUCUGACAAAUAAAUGUGGCAUUUACAGUGUGCAUUGGAAAA